AUGCAGUUGCUGCUUCCCUCGGAGGACUACUCCUCCUUGCUUCCCAACCCGGAGGCCUUCAAAGCGCUGGAACAGCUGUCGCAAAAGCCCGUUGCGGUGGUCAGUGUCGUGGAGAGUAAAGCGGCGGAGCGAGCAUUUUACGAUAAUGCUGGUGCGGUGGGACGACCACAGAACACUACCUCUACUACAGGGUCGCUCAACAACUUCUACGCUGGUAGUUGUACAACAGCGAACACAACCAGCAAGACAGACCUGUUGAAGAGCUUGUUUCAAGAACACAGCAGCAGCACCAGCAGUAGCAGUGGCGCGACAGGAGCCGGAGUAGGUGGAACGUCAACGCACGGGGGAGCAGUUUUCCCCGGCGCUGUUGUUCCGAGUCCCUAUGGAAGCGUCAGGUUUGAAAUCGUCACAGUUGAAAUAAUCUGUAAUGCAUAAAAUGCAUGACCCGAGGUGCGUGUGUUGCAGAGCAGGCAAGUGAGGCCGAUUGUAAGCCUGUUUGGGGUUACAGCUCGAGCUGCUAAAGUAGCAUGAGAAAAUCGCUCUUCUUUGCCUGAACAGCAUGACAAACUGAAUUUAGGGACCACCGAAAUUUGUCAUGCGCCACUUGGCAACUGGGUUCCAACUGGCAUCCAUUUUAUGCAUGACAAAUUAAGUAUUUCAUUUUCAACUUUGUCGAUUUCAACUCUGACACAUCCAUAGUCCCAGCGCGGCUAACGUGGGCAACAACAAAAACAAGAACACGACAGCACUCAGCCCGGUCGUAAACAAGAAUAGUUACAAGGCCACCGCCGGCAUUUGGGCCUACGCACGCCCGCACCCACGGAAUCCCAAUUUGACCAUUGUGUAUCUCGACGUCGAAGGGAUUGCUACAACGACGACAACAUCGACAUCAACGAAUGUGAAGAAUACAACCGACGAGCAGGAUAAAAACCGCGGAGGAGAAGUUCUUGCCCCUCCACCUGCAUGCUGCGGUAACACGACCUACAGCUGGCUGCUUUGCGCUUUGACGCUCCUUCUGUCGGAUGUGUGCAUUUUGAAAACAUGCGGAAGUGUCGAAUCUUCUUUUCUUCCUCUCCCAGAUGCUUCCGAAGACGACGCGGAGCUGAAAGCACGGCAAGCACACCAGAAAUUCCUCGAAACGGCGGACGCGGAGCUGUUGGAAAUUUUAUUGCGGGUCACCAGACAACUGCAGCGCGGAAGUCCGUUUCUCCAGCAGCAGACGUCAACGUCAGCUUGUUCCCCCGCCGGAGCGCAUGUUCUUGGGGGGCACCAGCACC